AUGAAGGUAGGAUCUGCUUUAUAAAAUGAUCUACUCCUGGAACAAAAUAGUGAAGUUUAUUUUGUUCAUCGCCGCCUAGAGAAAAAUAAAUCGCAGAGGCGUCUGAACCCUCUCUUUUUGCACACUUUUUCAAAAAUUGUUUCAGACCGACGCUUAAAAAACUUCAAGAGAAUCUCAUUAUGAGGAAAAAUGAUUUGAACGAAGUCACAGUGUAGAUAAUAGAUAAAAACGAAAUGAAAAUGAAACCAUAAAGAACCUCAAUUUUCACGGUUUGAUCAAACGAUCCAUAAAAAAAUUGAAAAAAAGGGCGAUUUCAAUUUGUUUAAUCGUGAAAUGUGGGUGGAACUGUUGCGGAAUCGCGCGCUUUUCAUCUUUUUCUCUUCUCUUUUGACGUUCCCCCGAGACCGAUGCCCUUUCCGAAAUCUCCCAACCGCAAUGUUGCGAAUCAUUUCAAUGAACUCAUCAUUUCAGCCGUAUUUCAUGCUUUUUGGCAAAAAUAUUAAGCAAACCUCAAACACAUUUAUUUUCGCACGCCAUAUUUCCAGCUACGUGAUGAUUCAUGUCUCAAGUCAGAAGUGAAUGAACUUUUUUAUUUCGAUGCUUUUUAGUCUUAUCUUAGUUUCUCAUUGGUCAUACUUUCAUGAGUUUGACGUUAUUUCCCUUUUUCCCUUGUUAUCUUUUCUAUUCAUUUUCUAAAUUUUUCGUGUAGAACAAAAAAUCAAAAAUUUUCAGUUGAGUGAAUUUUUCUUUUCAAUGAUGAUUUUUCAGACUCAUCUCGGAAGGUAAAUUUGAUAACUUGUGGCAGACUCACUCUUUACAUUACUUAUUUACAUUACAUUACUUCUUUACAUUACACUCUUUACAUUCUUUACAUUACUCUUUACAUUACUUAUUCUUUACAUUACAACAAUUUUCCUUGGAAAAGUUGUCGAAAACGAAAAAAUUAAAUUGAUAUGAACCGAAAUAAGCUGCGUAAAAAUUUCGAAGGAAUUUUCCUAUUUAGAAGUUCUUUUUGCGUUGUUUAAGGCGCAAAAAUUUUGUAUGAUCUCAAAAAAAAACACUGAAAACGUCUUUUUUCUUUUUGGCCUCUAUUAAAUUUAUCAAGUGUCUUUUUUAAACUCGGAAAAGAUUUCGGAACCUAAGUUCUCGGAAAGUUACAGGUGCAUUAUUAAGGCUGUAUCACCGCUUCCAAAUGCUGUUUUAUAGUCUUUUUGGAAUAAAUUUUGUUGUUUCAUCAUUUUUGCUAUGCUGGACAGGCUUGUGCGAGGGCCGGCCCGUCACCCUCCCGGCCCCCGACCAUUUCGUGAGCCUGGCCCGGCCCGGCCUUAGCGGGGCCUCAAGAAAAAAAUAGCCCGCCCGGCCCAAAGCGCGCAAUUUUUUUCUAGUUGGAUAUCAAGUUUUUUACGACAAAAAUUACGUUUUUGCUCAUUUUUUCACUUAAAGUUUAACAGAAACUAUGAUUUCAGAAGUAAAAGUCACAUUUCGGGGAAAAUUUUUUAAACGGAUUUUAAAUUUUUUUUGAAUCCCGGGCCGGGCCGCCCGGCCUGCCUGCCGCACAAGCCUGAUGCUGGAAAAGUCGGUUCAGAGGGUUUUUCUUAACUACGGCUAUUUUUUUCAAGUUUUCGGACUUUGCAAAACCUUUAUGACGUUUUUAAGAUGGAGCGGUCUUAUAGAACACAUUUAUUUUUGACAUAAAAAGUUUGAAGUUUGAUUUCGAGGUUUAUCUAGAUUUCGAAAAUUCACUUUUUUUUUUUUUACGCUUCCCGCCGAGAAAAUUCUCUCAAACAUUCUGAAAAUCAUUUUGCGGACAACAUAUUUGUUAGUCGAUUUAAGAGGUUGUGCCUAAAAAUCGCUUUGAAAUUUCUUUUUUUUUUGGUUUUGGUUAUAUUCGUCAAUAUUUGAUUUUUUUUAAAGUUCAAAAAUUAUCCACAUUUGAGAAUCAUACGCAUUCUGGGAACGUAAAUAAUAUUUGAAUUGAGAAAAAAAUAUUUUUAAAAAUAUUUUAAACUUUCAAAAAAAGUGAUAUUGUAAAAAGCAGACUUUCUCAGCAUCUGUUUGUCUUUUAUGAACCGCCAUGUUACCUUUUUGUGAAGUAAUCUGAAAACCGUUACGUCUUUUUUGUUCUUGCUAAGAUUAGCAAUCUGGAAUUUCUAAUAGUAUCCUUACCAUUCAAAGAUUGUUGACACUCGGGAGAUGAAAGCAAAAAAAAAAGAAAAGGAAAGAAAAAGAGCCGGUCGUGCAGAAGUGCUUGACACAUUCGCAAACAGUCACAUCAAUACCGUUCUAUUUUCCGCAUUCUUAAAUUUCCUUUUUUUGAGUUCCUUGAAGCGUUCAAGUGUCGAGUUCCAUUCAUUUUUGAAAUCGAGAAGAAGUUUUUUUUUUUUGAAAAAUAGAGAUAACUUGUUAGUUUAUGUAGAUGCGCGCUUACAAUAACUUCGAAGAUGAAAAAGUGUCGAUAACGGGAUAAAUAUUCUCGAUUUUUGUUUCAUAGUCGAUUCAAAGAUGAGGUUCAAAUAGGCAGCUUCCCACGAAAACUUUGAUCACAAGUGAAAAAUCGUGAUCUCAACUCAUUUCUCUCACUUUCAAAGUUCUUCUCACUGACGUAAACUCAACGACUGUUUACCGGUUUUUCUCUCACUUAACGUUAUCAAUGAAUGUCAGUAAUUUGAAAAAUGACGCUUUUUUUCCUCUUUUUUUUUACCUGAACGUUCGAAUAUUUCAAAAUGCCCCAUUCAAAGCCAAACUUUUGUUGAUUCAGCAUGCAUGAAGUUCAGAUUUUUCACAUAAUAAAAUAGAACUAUUGUGUGAAAAGAGGGGUUGUUUUUGAAAUUCGUUUUGAAAUCCCUAUCCUGAGAAAGGCAAGAAACUUUUUCUUUUCAGAUCGCUAGAAUGAUACAAAAAUUUGUCACCGUAGUAUUUAGGAAACAUUUCUUUGAAUAUCAAACAAAACGUCUACAAUUUUUCCUGAGACUAAGAAUAGAACUCCUGAAAUGUGGUGGAUGAUUCGACUUUUUGAUUGUCUUCUGACGUACCUUGAGCCUAGUUUCCAGCAAUAAAAAUCUUUUUGAGUUAUCAGAAAAGUUUAUGAACUAGCUAAAAAUGGGAGGACGUUCUUGUUUUUUUUUUUCUUUCUUUCAUGAAAAUAAUAUCCAAUUAUAAGGUUUGAUAACGUUUAUGACGUUUCAAAAGUAUUUUCCGAUUAACUGUGCAUUUUUCAUGUUUGAAUGUGACAUAUAGGUCGGUUAAGAGAGUUUUUUGAAAAUUAGGAAUAAAAUUGAACUUUUGAACGUUUCCUCGUAAAAAGACUGCGCUAGGAAUAUUUCCAGCGGAAAUGUCCAAUUUUAGCGACACGUCAAUUAUCCGUUUCCGCUUUCUUGGGCCUGAUUGGCUUUUCCAUUUCGAAAACCCGUAUCUUGGAGGGAAUUUUGUGUUCAAAGAGGAUAUUCGGUAGAAUCGUAGUUAUGGUUGUUUGAGUAGGCUGUUGUGGACAGGAAACUAGCCACUGAAGUCCACUUUUACUCCUAUUUUGACGUUUUUAGCUUCUACUUGACUUUCGUUCUGAAAAUUUGUCAAUUUUUCUCUACCUUCAUCUAAUUUUUUAAAGGCCGUGGCAUAUGAAAAAUUUGGUAAGAGUCAUUGAUACCUAACACGUAAGCAGUUCUAAUGUUUCACAAAAAGUUAUUCAAAAAAAGGAGUUUUAUAAAUUAAAAAAAGGCCAGAAAGACCUGAAUUUUUCCGAAUGCCUUUAAAACUAAAGGGAAAGCAGUUUUUUUAACGUAUUAAAAAAAGUUAUGGAAAAAAAUUUAAAAUUUCAAGAUAUUAAAAAAAGAACAUAACGUCGAGUUACGAUAAAGCCAGGAUUUUUUUAAGAAAAAAAUUCUAGUUUUUUUAGAAUUCUCUUCUUGAAAAAGUUUUUUUCAGUUAGAUUUGGUUUUAUUAAUUCGUUCGAUUCAUUGGAAAUUUCUUUUUUAUUAGAAAUACUUUCAAGUUUUUCUUAUUAGCUGAAAACUAAAUUUCCACCGAACCAGCAAAAUUGGAAGCGACCCAGAAAUAGAGACUCUCGGCGUUUAUUCAAUGAGUUGCGCAAUAUUUGCCUAAUUGCCUGUCCCUCAUUUUCGGCCUCGAGAUUCUUUGCUUUUCUCUUUCGUUCGUCAUUGUUUUUUAGUUGGUUCAAGUUAUUCAUGUGCGAAUUUCGAACGAAUGAAAAAUUCAUGUGAAGGGUAUUUUCGUAUGUCUGAAAAAUAAUAGGAAUGAAAUUGAGUUCAAUCGAUGUCCUUUUUAGACGAAAAACUUCAAAUCGAAAGGAAGCCAAUUUUAUUUGAAAAAAACAUGAUAAUUACUUUUUUUCCAUGAACCAGACAUGUUCUCCAAUUUCUAUGAAGCUUAACUUCCCAGCGCAAAUUGUUUCAAAUCAGGCGCGUCUUGAAAGAACCGCUUGGAGCGUUCUAAAAGUGACCAUAGACUUCAAAAUCGCCGCCGUAAUAAAUUCAUUCUCUUACAGACCCCUUGGAGGUACGCCGCCGUGACAAUGGUGGCCGCCGUUCUUGUCACAUUCCUUUUCUGUUUCACAAGUGCCUGGGGUCAGUGGAGGGCUAAUCAGGUAGGUUAUAAGUAGAGACCGCAGAGCCACGCCCCUUUUUGCGAUGGUGAAAUGCACUGGUUUUUUAGAUUUCGUGUUUGAUGUUUUCGUAAAAGCGCAAUACUGAAUCAACCACAGAGAAAUUUGGUGGAAACAUAGAGAAAACCUUCCUCUUCAAUCUGAUAUACUUUUCCCCCGAUUUUCGUAGCGUUUUAGCGGAGUGUCGUACGAAAAACCAAAACUACUUUUUUUCUUCGGGUUUUUAACCUAGUUCCAUGUCGUUGGCGCCUUUUUUUAUUUUUCGAAUUCGAUUUUUUUAAGUGAAAAAAACAAAUCUUUUUAAGACAAAAAAAUUAAAAAUUUUUUUACGGUGCCUAAUCUUCGUGAGGCCGCGCAAAGUUGAAAAUGUUGUACUCGCUUUCGAGAGCGUGUAAGUAAAAAAAUUUUUUUAUUUUUAACUUGUGGAUUAAAUUGUAACUAAAAAUUUUAUUGAUAUAAAAACUUAAUCCGAAAAACUAUGUUUUCUGAGAAAAAAAUAGACAGUGAAAAAUUUCGAAAUUUAUUUUAACAUGGUCAGAUGUCGUUGGCGCCUUUUUUUAUUUCUUAAAUAUUAGCGUAUCUCAAUUUUCAAUCAAUUAAAAAAAUAAAAUAAAAAUUUUAGCGGUGCCUAAAAGUUUAAUCAUUGUUAACUUGAAGCCAACGUUUAAAAAUAACAAAAAAACAACGAAAAAAAGGAAGCAUUUUUGAACUGAAUCUCUAUGAAUAAAUUAUUUUUUUAGGUGGUCCGAACACACGUGACUAAUAAUUGUUCAACUAUCAUAACUUUUUUUAAAAACAAGAUAGUCGGUAAAUGCUGUACUUUGACGUGAAGUGGUGUAUAGCGCGAACGCCUCUUAUCUUCGAGAGAUGUGUGUGGAGCAGCGCAAGUGCCCUUGCAUACAGUUUUGAUAUCGCGAGUUCAAUCCUCGCAGCGGCCAUUUUUUUUUAUUUUUCAAGAAAAAAUAGCUUUUCUUUUCAAACUUGUGGUUUUAUACUGUUUUAAUGACUUAUUACGACUUUGAAAACCAAACUAAACUACUAAAAAAAUUUAAAUCCGAUAUGAAACAAAAUGAACGACCAAAAGUGUAAAAUCUAAACUUUCAGUACUAAAUUUCGCGACUUUUUUCACUACUGUUUUGACUAUAACUUUUUUUUUUCUCAACCUUUUUCGAAAAACUAAACUGUUUUGAAUAGUAAAUUAGAGCAGCUAUCCAACCAUAGUAAUAUUGAAGUUCGAAAAAUUUUUUGAAAAUUCGUCUGCGGUCCCUAGUUAUAAGGAAAAAGAAAAAUAAAAAAAUAAAAAAAGAGAAAGGAAAUAUUAAAUGGAAAAGAAAUUUAUUUCCAGAGGUCCCAUCAAUUAUCGGUCUUACCCGACUCUUCUACACUUCGCCUUUGCCGAGACUUUACUAAUCAGGUUUUCUGGAUAGGAUUGAAAAUCUACAAUUAUUCCUUUCUCAGACUCGGUUCCGACAAAUUUUGAAACCACUUAUGGUCACACGGGUGGUGGACACGCCUCAACAUCGAGCUGUAGGAAAUGUGAUAUUUAAAAGUGUUCCGCUUUAAAUGUGGCCAUUUUCCAGUAUAUCAAUGAGUUUUUGACGAAUCUUGGCUUCAAGACGGAGUGGGACGCUUUCCAAGUUGGAAUAAAGAGGGAAAUUAGAUUCGCCUGGAGAUUUCAGGACACAACUCCGUUCGGACCCAGGAAUUUCCGAAAUUUGAUAGCGACUUAUGAUGAAAAGGCGCCGAGGAGACUUGUCCUGGCCUGUCAUUAUGAUUCGAUCAUUCUUCCUGGGUGAGUUUCGAAAAGUAUUUGUAAUUCACUGAGCUUUCAAGUUGUCUACUUUGACUUCGAAUUUAAGUUUCGAAAUUAUUGACUUUUUUUUUGACUCAAUUUCUGUUUUGCCAUUAAGGAUUGAUUUUUUAACUUCUUCACCCUCGACGGAUCUUCAAUAAAUUUUAUGAGUGACACUUUUUUUUUGAAUUCUGUCAGAAAUUCUUGAUUUUUGACUGUUAUUUCUUGUUUCUUUCAAACCUCCCUUGUUUCAGACAAGCCAUGGUGGCCGCCACGGAUUCGGCCGUUCCCUGCGCCAUGAUGAUGGAUAUUGCUCAGACUAUCGUUCCUUACAUGUACAAACGAGUGGCGCAGGUUCUCAUCAGAAUCGAAAUUAUUACUAUGAUUCACAACAGGACGUUGGUCUGCAACUGAUCUUCUUCGACGGCGAGGAAGCUUUCAAGCAAUGGACCGCCACGGAUUCUCUCUACGGUUCCAGGUAUUUCUCAACGAGAAGAAGAUCUGAAGCUCUUAAUUUUGAGACAUCUGGCGAAGAAAUGGGAAUCCAAAUGGUACCCGACGACGGCUGGCUCAAACUUCGAGCUGAGCAAGGAGAUCGACCGAAUCGUGAGCGAAAUCGCUCCUUUCAAAGGAAAACAAGAUUUUCAGGACGUGAUGAUGCUACUGGACCUGUUGGGAGCGAAAAAUCCGAGGAUCAGCAACGCCGUCGGCCUCGGCGCCAACCAGCUCUUCUCUCAACUGGCGGACGUCGGUCAGUUCUCAAUUGGUCAUGGAGGUUCAGGAAGAAGAAGUUCAGAAACGAAUCUGCGCGGUUUGGGAUGCGCCAACAAGGUCAACAAAGUCUUCUACAGCGGAUUGUCUUUCAAUACGGUCGAGGACGAUCACAUUCCUUUCUUGAGACGAGGUGGGCUUUGAAAAAGCCGCGAAGGAUUUAAAGUUAAAAAUCCGCUUUUUUAAAGGAGCACCUGGGCCAACCAGCUUUUCAAAAAUGAAAAAAAAAAACAGAUAUCAAACGUUUUUGACAUUCGUCAGGAUUUUGAUUUUACCACAAGGGAAAACAGCGACUGUCCAAUUUUUUGGUGUAGAAAAUACAAGUUUUGUUUUUACAUAUAUCGAGGAACACCGAUCUUCACCUGAUAAUCUGUCAAUAAGUUAUUAUUAACGGUUCCGUUGGAAAAAUCGAUUACGGAUACAUUUAUUUUUUCUGAGAAAAAUGAUCGUGUCAAAAAAAUGGUGUUUCAGAAUUGAAAGUUGUUCUUGAAGGCGAAAAUCAGAGUUAUCAGUUCAGGAACGCCGAUCUUGCACCUGAUCACGGUUCCGUUCCCAGACGUCUGGCACACGCCGGCGGAUAACGAAAAAGCUUUGCACUGGCCAACAAUCGACCAUUUGACUUCUGUUGUUCGGGUCUUCGUUGCGAAAUAUCUUGGAAUCGCCCCGGCUUGA